UUGCUUACGAUACUAAUCGAUAGGACGGUUUGUAUUUGGUUGUGAGAUCUUGACAUACAAAAAGAUCGAGUGUGGCCCUGGUUUAGCGUGGUGGUUCUUCUCUAAGGAAAAAGUUAAGAAGAAACACACAAGCAGUGAAAGAACAAUUGAAAAAGCUAUCAAGGGACUCGCUACACAAUCAUAAAACAACUUUUAGCACUCCGACAUCAGAAGUGGGAUUGUACUUUCGUCUACUAAUCAUGGAAGACCAACUGCGCAUCUUGAUGGAGCACCAAAGCCAAAGUUUCCUGGAAUUGGCAAAAACUCUGCAAGCGUCUGUACGAGAACAGGCACAAACUUGCGUCGUCACAUUGCCGAAAUUUAACGCCGACAUUCCUGGCGCCGACGCUACUCAAUGGUGUGCUACGGUUGACAUUAUUUUGGUUGAAAAACCGCUGAAAGGCAGUGCUUUAAUAUUGGCCUUAACAAAAUCGUUGGAAGGAAGCGCGUCCCAAUGGCUUUCUGAAGUGUGCUACGCAGGCGUGACUUGGCCGGAAUUUAAACAGUUAUUUCAACAACGCUAUGCAAAUACUGAAACGCCAGCCGCCAUGUUUUUGCAGUUAUUAAACAGUCGCCCCGGCAACAGUGAAUGCCUUGCGAUAUACGCUAGUCGCAUGGUGACUUCGCUUGUUAACAAGUGGAAGGGCUUGGAUGCUGAGAGGAUUGCGGUGUCCGUGGUUUUGGGACAUUUGGCCAACUUUGACCGCCGAGUGCAAAGAAUUGCAUACACUGCCGAGAUCAAAAAUAGACGUGACCUAAAGGCUGAGUUGCAGGUCUUCGCUUUUGACAAGCGCACACAUCAUUCUGGAAAUGAGGAAUCUGGAGCAAAGAGAGCUAAGUUGGCGUCACUGAAGUGCCAUCUUUGCGGAAAGAUGGGGCACAAAAUGAUUGAUCGCCGAAACAAGAAGCAGAGCGCCGGCAUGUCGAGACAGGAUCAACGAGGAAGCCAACCAUUUCAGCAGCAUUUUAAAGACAAUAUAACUUGCUAUCGUGGCCGAGAGCAAGGUCAUAUAGCCUUACAAUGCCCAAAAAAUAUGACAGGUGGUGGAGCUGGAUUGCGGAACGAAAAGAGAGCUGAGCUGUGCGUGGUGGAUGAACCGAAGACAAGUAUGCUGUUACGAGGUGAGGACUUUCCAAUCUUUUUCGAUUUUGGAGCAGAGUGCUCUUUGGUUAAAGAGAGUUUUGCAGGAAGCUAAGCGGUAGAAAAGUAAAUAACGUAGUUAGCUUAAAAGGUAUCGGAAAUGCAAAUGUUUGUAGUACAAUGCAGAUUGAUAACAAUAUUCUUAUUAAUGGAAAUAGUUUAAAUGUAACAUUUCAUGUUGUACCCGAUGACUGUAUGUCAAAUAAUAUUGUACUGGGACGAGAAGUGUUGGCUCAGGGAUAUGCUGCAGUAGUAUCUUGUAAAGGGGUUGAAAUAAUUAAGGAUGAAACAAAAA